AGAUUUCACUGGGUUUUACACACUUCCGCCCACGACAUGAAUCUAUUGCAUCAUUUCCUUUUGUUUCCAUCUGGCACAGACAGGGAUUGAACACAUAAACCAUGGUGGAGCGGGUGCCUGAGUCCAUCAAUUUCCCCUUUGAGGAGGAGAAGGUCCUCCAGUUUUGGAAUGAGAAGGACUGCUUCCGUGAGUGCCUCAAACAGUCCAAGAAUAGGCCCAGGUACACCUUCUAUGACGGCCCUCCUUUCGCCACGGGGCUACCCCAUUAUGGGCACAUCCUGGCUGGAACCAUCAAGGACGUUGUGACCCGUUUUGCCCACCAGAAUGGCUUCCACGUGGACAGACGUUUUGGCUGGGAUUGCCAUGGUCUGCCCGUGGAGUACGAGAUUGACAAAACAUUAGGGAUUAAAGGGCCUGAUGAUGUCGCCAAGAUGGGUAUCGCUGAGUACAACAAACAGUGCAGAAAUAUUGUGAUGAGAUACGCCACUGAAUGGGAAACUUCUGUGCGGAGGAUGGGCAGAUGGAUCGACUUUGAAAAUGACUACAAGACUCUAUACCCUUCGUUCAUGGAAACUGUAUGGUGGGUGUUCAAGCAGCUGUAUGAAAAGGGUCUAGUGUACAGGGGUGUGAAGGUUAUGCCCUUCUCAACCGCCUGCAACACUCCUCUCUCCAACUUUGAGUCCCAUCAGAACUACAAGGACGUCCAAGACCCCUCUGUGAUUGUCAGCUUCCCCCUGUUGGAGGAUGAGAAUGUGUCUUUGAUUGCCUGGACAACAACUCCCUGGACACUGCCAAGCAACCUCGCCCUUUGUGUCAAUGCCGAGUUCCAAUACGUUAAGGUCAAAGACAAUGCCAACGAGAAGAUCUACAUCAUGAUGGAGGCCAGGCUUGGCGCGCUGUUCAAGGCAGAGGCGGAGUACACCCUGCUGGACAAAUUCCCUGGCAAGGCGCUGAAAGGAAAGAAAUACAAACCUCUAUUUCCCUACUUUGCUGAGUGUGGCGAGUCCGGCGCCUUCCAGGUGGUGACUGAUAACUACGUCAGGGAGGAGGAGGGCACAGGAGUGGUCCACCAGGCCCCGUACUUUGGAGCCGAUGAUUACCGGGUGUGCAUGGAGUACAAAAUCAUCCAGAGAGACCAAGUGCCCAUCUGCCCUGUCGACGCCUCUGGCUGCUUCACAUCUGAGGUGGUUGACUUUGCCGGACAGUAUGUCAAGGAUGCUGACAAGCACAUCAUCAAGUUUCUGAAGGAAACCGGCCGCAUGGUCAACGCAAGCUCUUUCAAGCAUAGCUACCCUUUCUGCUGGAGGUCUGACACCCCACUGAUCUACAAAGCUGUGCCCAGCUGGUUUGUCAGAGUGGAGCACAUGGUGGAGAAGCUGUUGGCGAACAAUGGGAAAUGCUACUGGGUCCCGGAGUUUGUAGGGGAGAAGCGGUUUGGGAACUGGCUGAGGGAUGCCCGCGAUUGGGCCAUUUCCAGGAACCGUUAUUGGGGCACGCCUAUCCCUCUGUGGGUCAGCGAUGACUUUGAGGAGGUGGUGUGUGUGGGCUCCAUUGCAGAACUAGAGGCGCUGACCGGCCACAAAGUCACUGAUCUCCAUCGGGAGAGCAUCGACAGCCUGACCAUCCCGUCCCGCUGUGGGAAGGGCGUGCUGCGCCGGAUCUCGGAGGUGUUCGACUGCUGGUUCGAGAGCGGCAGCAUGCCCUACGCCCAGGCCCACUACCCCUUCGAGAACCGCAAGGAGUUCGAGGACACGUUCCCCGCCGACUUCAUCGCUGAGGGAAUCGACCAGACAAGAGGAUGGUUCUACACCCUGCUGGUCCUGUCCACCGCCCUGUUCGGCAAGCCGCCCUUCAAGAACGUCAUCGUCAACGGACUGGUGCUCGCUAGCGAUGGGCAGAAGAUGAGCAAGCGCAAGAAGAACUACCCAGAUCCCGGGCUGAUCGUGAAGAGCUACGGCGCCGAUGCCCUCAGACUGUACCUGAUCAACUCUCCAGUGGUGAGAGCCGAGAACCUGCGCUUCAAGGAGGAAGGCGUGCGGGAUGUGCUGAAGGACGUCUUCCUGCCCUGGUACAACGCCUACCGCUUCCUGGUGCAAAACGUGCAGAGGCUGCACCAGGAGCAAGAUGUCACGUUCCAGUACAACGAGAACACCGUCAAGCAGAGCGACAACAUCAUGGACAAGUGGGUUCAGUCCUUCACCCAGUCUCUCAUUCAGUUCUUCAGGGCCGAGAUGGAUGCCUACCGCCUGUACACGGUGGUGCCGCGCCUCGUCAAGUUCGUGGACAUGCUCACCAACUGGUACGUGAGGACCAACCGCCGCCGGCUCAAGGGGGAGAGCGGCACGGAGGACUGCCUGUGGGCGCUGGAGACCCUCUUCAGCGUGCUCUUCUCCAUGUGCAGGCUGAUGGCUCCGUUCACUCCCUUCAUCACCGAGAUGAUGUACCAGAACCUGCGUCGCCUCAUCGACCCGGCCUCCGUGGAGGAGAAGGAGGCUGGCAGCAUCCACUAUCUCAUGCUCCCCCAAGUCAGGGAGAGUUUGAUUGACAAGCGCAUAGAGAGUGCCGUCUGCCAGAUGCAGUCGGUGAUUGAGUUGGGAAGAGUGAUCCGAGACAGGAAGACACUACCUGUUAAAUAUCCCCUUAAAGAGGUAGUGGUGAUCCACCAGGACGCUGAAGCACUGAAAGACAUCCAGUCCCUGCAGAAAUACAUCCUGGAGGAGCUCAAUGUACGCGAAUUGACCAUGUCGACGGACAAGGACAAGUACGGCAUCCGUCUGCGAGCGGAGCCCGACCACAUGGUGCUGGGGAAGAGGCUGAAGGGAGCCUUCAAAGCCAUCACAGCCUCCAUUAAGGAGCUGUCCAGCGAGCAGCUCGAGGCCUUCCAGAAGACAGGCUCCAUCACAGUAGACGGUCACGAGCUGCACGAGGAGGACCUGAGGCUGAUGUACACCUUUGACCAGAGCUCUGGCUCAGCCACCCAAUACGAGGCCCACUCUGACUCUCAGGUCCUAGUGCUGCUGGACGUCAGCCCGGACCAGUCCAUGAUGGACGAGGGAGUGGCCCGCGAGGUCAUCAACCGCAUUCAGAAACUGCGCAAAAAGGGCCACUUGGUGCCUUCCGAUGAGAUCACGGUGCACUACCGUUGCAAGCCAGCCGGAGAAUACCUGGAGUCUGUGAUCCAGGCCCACACAGAGUUCAUCCUUGCCACCACCAAAGCCCCUCUCAUGCCCUACCCCGUCCCCAAGACCGCCAGCGUCAUUGUGGAGGAGACCACCCAGCUGAAGGGUUCAGACCUGGAGUUCACCAUCGUGAAGAGGGGCUCGGCCCCCCAGGGACCCCUCAACGGACCUGCGUGUGCAUACGUCAACCUCAAGGUCAAAGUCAACAGCAAGGAGCAAGAGGGCGUGGUGCUCUUGGAGAACCCCAGGGGCGACAACAAGAUUGACAUGGACAACCUCUCCAGGGUGUGCAGCAGCGUCUUUGGCACAAACAACACACAACUCUCUUUCUUCAGUGGCAAGAAUGAGCUGACCAACAAAUCGGACAUUCAAGCUCUCCUUGGUAACACCCUAAGUGUGACAUCAUCAGGCUCCGCCCCUAGCCCAGCCUUGGCUACAGACACCAUCCUGUGCCCCUAUGUCAACCUGCAGCUCUGCAAUAGCCGUCCAUCUGAGUGCCUGACUGGGGAGGUGGGUACGCUCCUCCUGGUUAACCCUCUGGGACACAACGCACUGGACUCCUCCGGGCUGCUCCUGGAGGCCACCAGACUGUUCGGCCUGCGCGGCCGCCGCCUCAGACUCUACCUGGACCAGGAGCUCAGUCAGGAACUGCCGGCCGACGCUUCUGUUAACUCUCUGAACACCAAGACCUUGUUUGUGAGAGUUCUUCCCACCACUGCCGAGGCAUAGGCCCACAGCACCAAAGCGUUCCCAGCUGCCUUCUUGGCUUGACCCAUUGUAUCCAUUUGCAAUCCCCCUAGGUUACACAACCAAACAGGCACUGGUUGAACUGAGUCCAUGAAAAACCUUUCUCAACUGCUCACACGUUAAGAUGCCACCGUGGAAGUACAUAAAAACUUGUGUCGCUGUCACACUGGCAUAUAUUUAUCAAGAGUAGCUGUCAUUACAGUACCUUGAGAUAUCUUACGCCAUAAUCCCUGGUUGGAAGUAAAAGUUAUGAGUACAAUUCUUCUUUAAGGGAGAUCCAUCCAUGGAUAUUUUAGAUUAAACAUUACUUUAAUGAACAAAAAUUCAAUGUAGAAUCACAGACGGUUUUCUCAGGUUAUAACUAAAGAUGUGCUUGGCUUACUCACAAAUUAUAUCACAAAUUCCAUUUUUAUGUAUUAAGUAAGAAAAUGUAAAUGGGAAUCCAUGCUAGAGCUACAAGACUGGAAGGUUGGGGGCCUCUUUGAUCUAGUGUUAAAGCCAACCUUCACACCGCUGGAUGCUUUCCCUUUAGCAUGGCUGUGAAUCAACGCUUCAAUGGUGAAUGGUUUAGAGAUACUUUUCUGCGAUGUUUUUUGGAGAACCUGUCCUCCUGUAUUAGAAAUUCAACAGCUUGCCCUGGCAAUUAAAAUACACUUCACAGAUCAAGGUGCAGCCAUUUUUUGGUGAAUUAGGGUUUGAUCUACUUUUAUCUUUUGGACAGUGGGAGUAGGUAUAGAGUACAAUUGGAGUCGCAAGUCCUAAAUGUCCUAUUUUUGGGGUCAAAUUAAAUGAACGUAACAAUAAAAGAAACUACAAAAUCUUUGCUGUCCAUUUUUUACAUUUUACAGUUGUGUGGGUGUGUAUGUCACAUGUAUGAUGUUUUUGUGCGAAACGAUUCAAAUUUGUAAAUUUAGCACCAACAUUCGUAAAACUAGACGCCAAGCUUUACGAUUAGUGAACG